GGCAGGACACCGGUCGGGAGACGGCACUCGACAUUAGCCAUCAGGACUGCCAGGCGCACCAAAGCGCGUUUAACUGACGCGAGCCGCGAGUCCUCUGACCCCGGUUUCUCUCGUCCUUCUUUCUUUCCGGGUUCUUGAAAGCCUCCGCCAGAUCUGGACAGGGAGCAAGAAAGAAAACCAGAAGCGUAUCACAGAGAGAGAGAGAGAGGGUGAGGGAGGCGGAGGCGUGAAGAAGAGAUGGCGAGCGAUAGCGAUAUCGACGAGGACGAGCUCCUCCAGAUCGCUCUAAAGGAGCAGGCGGAGCGCGAUUUGAGCUACCAGAAGCCGUCCAAGGCCUCGAAGCCCGUCGUCAACCUCGUCCAAGCGCCCCGGCCACCGCCGUCGAUGGCCAAGGGCCAGGGCAACCCUAACCCUAACGCUAGGGGCGGUGCCGCUGUGGGCAAGGGGCAGCGUCGGCCGAGCAGGGGCGGCGCGGACGAUGACGACGACUCCGAGGUCGAGUUGCUCAGCAUCUCGUCCGGUGAUGAGGAUGCCUCCAGGGAUCGCGGGCCCCCGCAGCGGAAUCGGCAGCGGAAGGCGUCAAGGGACGAGGGGGAUUGGGACGGGGACGAGCCGAGGAGCUGGAAGAAGGUCGACGAGGCCGAGCUAGCUCGUAGAGUCCGGGAAAUGCGCGAGACAAGGGCAGCACCUGCUCAAAGCUUAGAUCAAAAAGGGACAGCAGUAGGUCGGAAGGCGCUUACCAAUCUACAAUCUUUACCUCGAGGAGUGGAAGUUCUAGAUCCACUGGGACUAGGGGUAAUAGAUAACAAAUCUUUGAGGCUAAUUACUGAAGCUUCAGUAAGCUCACCAGUUUCUCGAGAUAGGACUGAGCCAUUGGAUCCCAGUACUCGAGAAAAAGUAAUGUAUUCUUCUCCAAAUUUUGAUCCCAAGGUUUUUCUUUCACGGGUUCACCAAGAGACAAGUGCUGCAGAUUUAGAAUCUGGUGCCCUUACUUUAAAAACUGAUCUUAGAGGAAGGACACAGGAGAAAAAGCAGCUCGUGAAGGAGAAUUUUGAUUGCUUUGUCUCUUGCAAAACCACAAUUGAUGAUAUUGAGUCGAAACUGAGGCAGAUAGAGGAAGAUCCGGAAGGUGCAGGUACUGCUCACUUGCAUCAAAGCACACAAAAUAUCAGUGCAGUAGCAAAUCGUGCAUUUGAGCCUCUAUUUGAGAGGCAGGUGCAAGCUGAGAAAAUCAGAUCAGUUCAAGGAAUGCUUCAGAGGUUCCGUACACUGUUCAAUCUGCCGAGUGCAAUUCGUGGGAGCAUUAGUAAAGGCGAAUAUGAUUUAGCUGUUAGAGAGUAUAGGAAAGCGAAGUCAAUUGUGCUUCCUUCUCACGUGGGAAUACUAAAACGUGUACUUGAGGAGGUGGAAAAAGUGAUGCAGGAGUUUAGGGGCAUGCUUUAUAAAUCAAUGGAAGAUCCAGAGCUUGAUCUAGCUGAUCUUGAGAACAUUGCUAGGCUAUUGCUGGAGUUGGAGCCUGAUUCAGAUCCCUUGUGGUAUUAUCUUAACAUUCAGAAUCGCAGGAUUCGAGGUUUGCUUGAAAAGUGCACUUUAGAUCAUGAGGGAUGGAUGGAAAUUUUGCAUAAUGAGAUGCGGGAAAAAAUGCAAUCUGAUACAAGAUGGAGGCAACUCCAACAGGACUCUAAUAAAUCUUUAGAUGUUGAUUCGUCCAUAGGUGACUCUCUUCCAGUUAAUUCACAGCUGGUAAAUAUGAUGGGGGAAAAAGUGGAUGCUUUAAGAGGAAGGUAUAUUCGCAGGUUAGCUGCUGUACUUAUCCACCACAUGCCAGCAUUCUGGAGAUUAGCUCUAUCUGUGUUCAGUGGAAAGUUUGCGAAGGUCACUGCUGGCAAUACACUUCUUGAUUCUGACGCAAAUGCUAAACCUGCCGCAAAUAGGAGCGAGGAUAAAGUUGGUGAGGUGAAAUACUCGAGCCAUUCUCUUGAAGAGGUUGCUGCCAUGGUUCAUGAUACUAUAUCUGCAUUUGAGCUCAAGGUCCACAAUACAUUUCGUGAUUUUGAAGAAUCAAACAUUCUUCGCCCAUUCAUGGGUGAUACUAUAAGGGACAUAGCUAAAACAUGUCAGGCUCUCGAGGGGAAAGAGUCUGCUCCUCCAACUGCUGUAAAAAAUUUGCGGACCCUUCAUUUUGAAAUCACAAAGAUUUAUAUACUAAGGCUCUGCUCAUGGAUGCGGGCAACAACCAAGGAGAUAGUCAAAGAUGAAACAUGGGUUCCUUUAUCUACUCUGGAAAGAAAUAAGUCUCCAUAUGCAAUUUCUUACUUGCCCUUGGCAUUUCGAGCAAUGACAAUGUCAGCUAUGGGCCGGAUUGAUGUUAUGAUUCAGAAUCUGAGGGGUGAAGCAACUAAGUCAGAUGACAUUUUAGAAAACGUUCAAGAAAUUCAAGAAUCAGUUAGACUUGCAUUUCUCAGUUGUUUCCUGGAUUUUGCUGGUUAUAUUGAACGAAUCGGAGGUGAAAUCUCACAGAGUAAAUCAAAAAAAGAAAGCAAUCACUUGCAGAAUGGAUAUGCAGAUGGUUUUGACGGAAAGUCAUCUAGCAUUCAUGUCGAUGGUGAUGCUGCUGCUGAUUGCCACAAAAAGCUGUUAAUAGUUCUGAGUAACAUAGGCUAUUGUAAAGAUGAGCUGUCGCAUAGCUUGUAUGACAAGUACAAGCACAUAUGGCUGCAAUACAGGGAUAAUGAUGAACAAUAUGCUGAUAAAAAAGACCUAGUAACAUCAUUUUCCGCACUCGAAGAGAAGAUCCUCGAACAGUAUACAUUUGCAAAGUCAAACUUGAUUAGGACUGCAGCUUUAAACUAUCUGUUGGAUUCUGGGGUUCAAUGGGGAGCAGCAACUAAUGUGAAGGGUAUUCGAGAUGCAACAAUUGAGUUACUACACAUCCUUGUGUCCGUGCAUGCAGAGGUAUUUUCUGGUGCUAGGCCAUUGUUGGAAAAGACAUUGGGCAUUUUGGUGGAGGGCUUGAUUGACACAUUUCUCAGCCUUUUCCAUGAAAACAAAACUAAAGAUCUCAAAUCUUUGGACACAAGUGGCUUCUGUCAGCUCAUGCUUGAGCUUGAAUAUUUUGAAACUGUUUUGCACACAUAUUUCUCGCCGGAUGCACAUGAAGCAUUGAAGUCUUUACAAGGAUUAUUACUAGAAAAGGCUUGUGAGAGUGCAAAUGAGACUUCUGAGAAUCCAGGACACCACCGCCGAGCAACUCGUGGGAGUGAAGAUGCCAUGGCAGAUGAUCGGCAACAAGGACCUACAGUGCCCCCAGAUGAUUUAAUUGCACUUGCACAACAAUAUAGCACAGAACUUCUCGAAGGGGAACUAGAGAGGACUCGCUUAAACAUUGCAUGUUUCCUGGAAUCUUCACUUCGGUCGAAUUCUGCCCCAGAAGCCACAAAACCUGCUUACCCUUCCUUCCAAGGGCCGGCUGCUUCUCCAAGAUACAGGAGGCAGCAAACAGCAAAUUCUCCAGCAGUCUCUCGUAGACGCAGAUGAGUUGAUGGGAAGAAAAGAUGCCAUCUGUUUGUUUGUCCUCCCAAUUUUUGUCUUUUCAAAAUAUCUUACUAUUACUGUUGGUUUUCUUAUCUUGUACAUUGGAUAAAUUUUUGGGCCAUUCUUGGGUGUGUAGAAUUUUCACAUUGGUUGAGAGGUGGUGCUCUGGCGAGCGUUCUACUUGUAUAUUUUUUUCAGUUGUAGAAUUAUAUUGAUUUGAAUUUGGAAUACAACGAAUGCUAGUAUUUUUGGAAAA